CCAAUUAUAUCAUCAAGGUGGUCCGGGACGGCUUCAACUGCACCCUUGACCUCUCUCCUUUCCGAUUACCCCUUCUUCGUCCUGUAUUCAAUCUUCUCUCAGAAAUUUCAGAUCAUAGAAAAGGAGAAAGGAGAGGAACAGAGGCAGAUCUAUUGCAGGAUCACUCGAUCUUUCUCGAGGUUUAUGAUUUUGUGACUUUCCGGCGAGGGUUGGAUCCGGGAAGGGAAGAUGUGGGUUUCGGGGUCUUUUAUGACUGAAGAAAGCCAUUUACGUUGCUGAUCAAGCUUGCGGGUUUGAUCUUACAGCUUUGGAGGGCGACCUGGGGAGGAGGAGAUGAGUGCGUCGAGAUUUAUAAAGUGCGUCACGGUUGGAGACGGUGCCGUAGGAAAGACCUGCAUGCUUAUAUCUUACACGAGCAACACAUUCCCUACGGAUUAUGUGCCUACAGUGUUUGACAAUUUCAGUGCAAAUGUUGUUGUUGAUGGCAGCACUGUCAACCUAGGUUUAUGGGAUACUGCAGGCCAGGAAGAUUAUAAUAGAUUAAGACCUUUGAGCUAUCGUGGAGCUGAUGUUUUUAUACUGGCCUUUUCUCUCAUUAGCAAGGCCAGCUAUGAAAAUGUUUCAAAGAAGUGGAUUCCUGAGCUAAGGCACUAUGCCCCUGGUGUUCCCAUUGUUCUUGUUGGGACAAAGCUAGAUCUUCGAGAUGACCAACAGUUCUUUAUCGACCACCCAGGAGCUGUGCCUAUUACUACUGCGCAGGGAGAGGAGCUUAGAAAGCAAAUAGGUGCUGCUUCUUACGUUGAGUGCAGCUCAAAAACACAACAGAAUAUCAAAGCUGUUUUUGAUGCGGCCAUCAAAGUUGUUCUCCAGCCACCCAAGCAAAAGAAGAAGAAGAAGAGAAGGGCACAAAAAUCUUGCUUCAUUUUGUGAGGAAAGUGCAUUGAAGAACGGUCAUGCAUAUUUCUUGCACAGUCUAAGGCUUUGUUUGAGACGACUUUCUUACUGCUUCUUAAAGUAGCUUUCUAGUAUAAAAUUUUUAAUUUUUUAACUAAAAAAUUGCGUCAAGAAGCAUAGAAAAAGCCGUCCCAAACGAAGCCUAAGUUUCUAUCUGAAUUAAAGCUCUUCCUCUAUAUUUAACUGACAUCAACAACAGCAGGUUGAAGAAAAAAAAAAAAAAAAAACAAAACAAAACCAUAUGUUGUAUUUAUGUUUGUAAUAAACUCUUUUUUCAUGGCCAAGACUUCAGAUGACUUCGCUCCCAUUCAUAAGCAUUUGAUGUGUGCGGUCAUCUUGAACUGUCUCCUUACAAGACAUGCUAUAUUAUUGUAUUGUAUAUCUAUUUAAGGUUUUCAAGGACAGUUUGUUUAUUCAAUGCAAAUCUUUGUCGGUUGUA